AUGGAGACCGCAGGGAAUGUCUUCAAUACGACUUCAAGAAGGAACACGGUAAACAUCGUAGCAGUAUGCGUAGUCUUUGCUUUUAACUCGUUUUCCUAUAGCUCUCUACAGUCCAUGCAGAGCAGCUUGAACCCGUCCAAAGGGCUUGGCCUGGCUAGCCUGAGCUGUCUCUACGCUGCAAUGACUUUGUCAAGUCUAUUUAUAUCUCCAAUAAUGAUCAGGAAACUCGGCACGAAGAGGACCAUGAUUCUUGGCUCACUGGCCUUUGGUCUGUACGCAGUGUCGAACUUUUUCCCGCGGUUUUAUACGAUAGUCCCGUCUGCGCUCAUCUGUGGGCUUGCCACCGGACCGAACUGGUCCGCGGUGUCGACUUAUUUGCACACCCUUGCUCAGGACAAAGCCAGGGGUACCGGUGAAGAGCGGGCAGAGGUGCUCACAAGUCGAUAUCUCGGUUUGAUCAAUACUGCAUGGCAAGUAGCGUACAUCAUCUCAACAUUUCUAGUUUCAAAUGUGAUGACAAAUAACGCCGAAGAAGAUGGCGUCUUGAUGAUGCAGAAUUUCAGCGUGUCCCGAUGUGGUGCGAGGGACUGCGGUGCUGAUAUGCCGCAAGAGGCAGUCGGUGCGGUCAAACCGCCUGAUUAUAUCAUCCACAUUUUCUUAGCAUGCUUUUCAACGAGUGGUUUGAUUGUGGCACCUCUUGUGGGCGUAUUCUUCAUUCAAGACAUCGGGCCAAAGUAUAAGGCUGUGUCUGCUGCAGAAGUGGAUGCAACGCCUGGAGAGGAGACUAUUAACUGGCUGGCUACACUCAAAGCAUUACAAAGGCCACAGCUCUUGAUGCUCACACCGUUUGCUGUAUAUACCGGCAUGUUCUACUCAUUUGUAAUGGCGGACUUUACAAAGUCUUUCGUUAGCUGCACGCAAGGCAUUCACAUGGUCGGUUACGUCAUCAUGACGUUUGCAACAGCUGAUGCAGUUUUCACAGUAGUGAUAGGCUGGAUUGGGAAGGUGCUGGGUAGAUUGGCGUUAUUUACUGGGGCAGCGGCGAUAAACAUUGCCGUAAUGGCCGUGUGCUUGGUCUGGAACCCUGACUUAGGAGAGAGAUGGCAUCUGUACUCACUGGCAGUGGCAUUGGCUUUGUGUGAUGCAGUAUGGACGAUACAGAUACGAGUACUAGCCAGCGUGCUGUUCCCAAACAACCAAGAGGCGGUAUUCUCCGCGAUUUACUUCUUCAGUUCUAUCGGAUACACCAUAUCAUUUGCUACCAGUAUCCCAUCAUCUGUAUGCAUCUCUUACAAGUUGUAUGGCCUCACCACUCUACUCUGUGUUUCUAUGCUCCUCUACUACACUGAUGAAGUCCUAGUGAAGAUGAAAGACAAGCGAGGGUAUAAAGAGGGUGGUGAAGUUACUAGAGAAGUCGUCAUGGUCAGCUUUGAUGGUGAUGGUGCAGUCAAAACACUCUAA